GCCGGAAGUGCUGUCAGUACAGCGUAGCAGUGGGAACACUGUGCAUGGAUCCUUGCCGCAGUACUGCUAGUGCAUCGCCUGUGGGCUCUAGUGCCCCAUGUCUCCAUCCGCAGGCCAUGUGUGCUCUCUUCUGUUUGUGUCCGUACUCUGGGGGGUCACCAACCCCUUCCUGAGAAGAGGAGCAGAGGGGGUGGAACGUGUGAGAGUGGAAGGGAGAGUACGGAGGCUGCUGUAUGAAGCAACGUUCCUGAUAUCUAACUACAGGUAUGUGGUCCCAUUUUUGCUGAACCAGGGAGGAUCCGUGGUUUUUUACCUUACGUUGGCCUCAGCAGAUCUGUCGCUGGUCGUACCUGUCUGUAAUUCUCUUGCACUGGUGUUUACAGCGGUGACUGGAAAGCUACUUGGAGAGGACAUAGGAGGAAAGGGAGCUGUUCUUGGGUUGCUUCUUACUACGUUGGGUAUUUCAAUCUGUGUGGGAAGUUCUGUCAGUGACUGAGGCAAAUGAGUUUGAGUGGAAGGCAUGUAAAGAAGCCGGCUAUGUACAGAAGAUCAGUCAAGUGUCUGGAUUAUGAAAGUAACUAGAUUGUGAAUCUGUUAUUUUUUAUGAGAAAAAGAGUCUCCUGGAGAUGUUGGGAUACAGUGAAGCUCUAGUUGAAUGUCAGUGUGAUAUUAUGUCCACAGAUGCAAUGUAGUGCCUUCUAUACAGAACACUGUGUAAGACAAUGUUAUAUAAAAUAUUUUUCUAAUAAAACUGUAAAAUUAACGUCAA